AUGAAGCUAAACGUUCCACUUCUCCUGGCUAGCGCCUGUCUCGUCACCGCCAGUCCUCUGCGCGUUGUCGUGACGUCGCACCAGGAGGUCACCAGCGGAAGUGACGCUGCAGUCGCCCGCAUUUCGAAUGUGGUAGCUCAAGUCUAUCCGCCGCCGCCCGGUGCGCCUGGCACGAAGCACCACUGCUCGGGCUCGUUCAGAGACAAAGCCAUCCACCUGUCCAACAGGAUAUUUGGCAUUCCCGCCUUGCCUCCGCCGCCCAGCGUUUGGAUCAUGAACCACGGUCCUGCCGUUCCCCCGUUCGCAUUCCCCGAAGCGCUCUCUGUCGAGUUUGAAGACAAGCACCACGUCCACGCUCACGACCAUUUCGAUGGCGAGGAAACCGAGGAGACGCAGGAUGGCUUGAAGAUGGAGAUGGCACAGCCCUCCCAUGGCGCGGGCCGCGGGCCUCACCGCGAGUUCGCUCCCGUACACAUUAUGCACAUGGGCGGGCACAGACACCGCUCCUUCCUCCGCCGCAUACACUUCGCACUGAUGGCACUUGGUCCCUGGGAAGGGCGCGCCGUCGCCUUCGUUCUCGGUUGCGGCAUCGGCGUGCUCCUCCGCAUGCUGUUCGUCAUUGGCGUCGUCCUCGUCCGGGCUCUCAAGGGCCGGCGCGGAGAGCCUGAAGAAAUUGACGUACUCUUCGAGACUGACGCAGCCGAGGUUGUUCCUCCGCCGCAGUACACAGAGAAGGUUCCUGUCGCGGUCGAGGAGAAGGCUUCAGCCCCGGUGCAGGUGUGA